GCCCGCAAAUUUUAGGCCACCGGUUAGCUUUUCCGUUAGUUUGGUUUGUUUUCCCUCUUCGCAUCCCUCUCCUUUUUCUCCUCACCAUUUUUAUAAAGGGUAAAGGGGGGCACAAACAGCGCACAUUUUGGCAGCGCACCAAUGCAGCCUCUUCAGCGGGUUACUUCUUCAAUUACGGCAUGGCGUAAUACCCCCCAAUUGAGCACAUACCUGUGAUGAGCGCGUUGGCCAUUUUUGCUCACGAGGACAUGCCCCCACAAAGGAAGGGGCACAGCUUAGCAGGUCUGCACGCCGACACACACCAAAUGAGCGCCACGGCGAAGGUGUUAGUUCUGUUGCCCUCCUCAGAUGCGUUUCCCCCAAAAUGGGCAUAGAGAGCUACUUCCUAAAGUACGUUAAGGCGACGUACAUAACGAGGAGGAGAAGCGAAAUGAGGAAAACCAUAGAGAAUUUGAAAAAUAAUAUUUACACGUACAACAAUUACAGCUGUAAAAAUAUAAAGUAUCACAUGGGGGAGGAAGAUACGUGCGAGAGGAGUAGCCACUACAGCGUCCAAAUUGAUGAGCACGUGGAGAAGGUGAUGCGCUUUGUGAAUCCUCUCCCGUUUGAUGAGGAGGAUAACAAGUCAAGUAGCCCUCCACAAGGGAGCAACAAUCAGACGGAGUGUCCAAAUGGAGACCAACAUAAAACUUUCAACACAAGUGAGCCGCCUCAUGACAUGGCAUGCCCUCCCGCGGAAGGUAGUCCCAAAAAAGAGAAGAAAAAAACAGGAAAAAAAAACAACACAUACAUUUUAAACUAUCGAAUAAAUCACAUCGUAGGAAAAAGAGGAAAAAGGGAACAGUACAGAUACACCUACUUGAAAUCUCCAUUCAAAUACAAAUAUGCAUUAAGACAUUACGUUUUUGAAAAAUAUAAAUAUCAUUUUUAUUUUUACAAUAUAACUCACUUUAACAUUCACAUCAUUUUUAACAUCAUUUUAUCCUCCAUGACAAGCCAGACGUCGGUCAAGUGCAACAUCCACUGGUUCUACCCUGGCAGGAAUUUAUUAGAUUCUGAAUUUAUGAGGCAGUGUUUUCUUCCUUUAAUGGAGGGGAGGCACGAUCGCACUGAGGACCAGUCGCAGAUCAAUUCGUAUGUGCGGAGACACAUCGAAGAGGCGUAUAAUAAUGUGGUGCUUAACGAAGAGGGGAAUGAAACAUUCUCCCCAAGCAACUUUAACGUAAACUUAGAUUUGACAAAAUAUAAUAUACAAAAUUUGCUGCCUCUCUUUUUUGAAAAUAAAUCAUUCAGUCAGAAUUAUAAAAAUCUGUUUCUACUGGAAGAGAAAUGUUUCAAAAAAGUGAAGAGCAAAAUUAGGAAAAAAAAUUUCCACUGGUUUUUGAAUAAAAAUCCGAAUGGGUAG